AUGGCGGCCUGUGAUUCCACUCCACAGUCGGUGAUGACACCGCCAUCCCUCUCUGUGACGGAUGCAGCGCUCCCUCCUCCAACCGCUCUGCUCUGCUUCUGUUAUGAAUGUAACUGAAGAGAGGAAACGCUGUAAUACUGGGCCGGGCUCUGAGUUCACGGCUGUGUGUGUGUGUGUGUGUGUGUGUGUGUGUGUGUGUGUGUGUGUGUGUGUGUGUGUGUGUGUGUGUGUGUGCACGGCCUUAUUCAUCCUCAGGAGACUGAAAAACAUCUUCAUGUCAGAUUACUGAGACAGAAACAAAUCCACAGAGUCUUCAGUACGUCCAGAGGAGCUCUCCAGAUAAUAGAGAUGACUGUAUGAGUGAGUGAAUGAGUGAGUGAGUGAGUGAAUGAAUGAAUGAAUGAAUGAAUGAAUGAACAGUAACUCUUGAACAGACAGCUUAUUGAGUCAUGUGAAGUUCCCACUGGAUCAGAGUUCACUCACUGACUCGUUUUUUGGACAUCUGACUCUGUUUCUUCGUCCAAUCACGUCUGCGAUCAUACUAACUCAGAGGAGAGUUAAACUCCGCCUCUCAUCACUUUGGCUCCGCCCACCAAAUACAUGUUCGGAACACGUUGACCCAGAAUCAAUGAGUCUAAAUGCAGAGGAGACAUCAGUGUCAGAGCCGUUCUGGAUCGGUGGAAAUUGGGGGUAACUUACUGUCAUGUUCCAGAAACCAGUUUGAGAUGGUCUGAGGUCUGUGAUCCAUCAUCCUGCUGAGACAGUCUGGAUCAGAAGAUGGUUCACUGUGGUCCUAAGGGGUCCGACAUGGUCAGCAUCAACACCCAGGUGGGCUCAGGUGGUACCAGGGGGUCCACAGCGGUCCAAAGUGGUCUAAGAAAAUCUCCCCCACACCUUGAGACCAGCAGCAGACUGAACCGCUGAUCCACGGUAGGACGGGUCCAUUGGGUCAAGUUCUGACCCCCCAACUGAAGGUGACAGCUGAGAUCCAGACUCUUCAGACCAGGUUUCUCUGAUCCUCUAGAGUCCGGGUUUGUUGAAUCUUAGUGAACUUUGGUCUCAGAGUCCAGAGUCCUGGUCUGAGCUGACAGGGUGGUGAACACACACACACACACACACACACACACACACACACACACACACACACACACACACACACACACACACACACACCUGCACUAACCUGCAUCAUUCAGACUCUUCGUUAUCUCCGCCCCCGCGGCGGUCCGGAGGGGCAGACGUCGUUGUGGUCACUGUGAGUCAAACCUGCAGGCCGAGCCAAACGGGUGAUGGAGAGCGUCUCAUUAGCUCCUCCCUGAGGCUGCAGCUGAGCGAGGGUGGAGGGUGGGAGGCGGUGUCAACUCGGCGCUCGGCCCUCAUCAACUCUCUCUAACUGAAGUCUGACAUUUCUGAGUCCUUGUUUGGACCAGGACCAGGACCAGGACCAACGGCAGGCCGGGUUUCACCGGGGGGGCAGAAGGCAGCCCCAUCUUUAUGCACCUCCUCCUCCUCCUCCUCCUCCUCCUCCUCCACAGAGUUAUUGAUUAGUUUGCGGGUCGUGAACUCGCUCCAUCAGCUGAUCAUAGCCGAUCAGACGACCCGGUUUGAUGCUCACUCUGUUCUGAGCUCGACCUCGGCUCGCUAACACGGAGGUGGAGCCCGGGUGGGGAUACAGGCGCUGAAGAAGCAGCAUCCACACAAAGAGCUGUUUAAGCGUGCAGAGGCCCUCCGGGUGCUCCACCUCCACCUCCACCUCCACCUCCACCUCCUCCUCAGCCCGUUAAUAUUUCAUCUCCUGGUCCGGCCGCUCGGCCAAACGCCUCGACCUGCUGCUGGAAUAUGAAUGAGAGGAGAACCUGAACCGUUUACCCGCCUGUCAGGAGGAAGAGCUCUAAACAAGACCCCCAACCCCCAACCCCACCCACCCGACCAGGAGCGAGCUCGUUACAGAGAGGAGGAGAAGGAGGAGGAUCACAGGAAAGAGGAGAAAAAGAGACAGAAAAUCCUCCAAACAGGAGCCGAGGGAGGAGAGAGGAGGAGGAGAGGGAGAAGAGAGGAGGAGGAGGAGAGAGGAGAAAAAAAACACUGAUCCAUCAGCUGAGAGGAGACGGAGAGGAGGAGAGGGAGAAGAGAGGAGGAGGAGGUGAGAGGAGGAGAGGGAGAAGAGAGGAGGAGGAGAGGGAGAGGAGAAGAAAAACACUGAUCCAUCAGCUGAGAGGAGACAGAGAGGAAGAGGAGGGAGGCGAGAGGAGGAGAGAGGAGGAGGAAAGUGGAGAGGAGAGGGAGAAGAGAGGAGAAGAAAAACACUAA